UUUACUGUUGUUUAUCCUGCUCAGUUAAUUGGCUGUAAACACAGGACUGGUUUCAAUAUGAUCUCAGACAGACAAGUUAGAGUGAUGUUUUCAUAUAAUUAUUAAUCUAACGUGUGCUCCAGUUAUCAUUUUCUUCCCAUAGAGUUAAAAUGGCACUGUAUGAGUUAAUUCUACUUUGUGUUUUCAUUGUUGCCGCACCUUUUCAUCAUCCAUGUGCCUUCAAAGUAAUGCAGAAGACAGUGCUCUUCCUACGGAGCUAUAUUUGUACAGUAGACUCCAGUGUUUGCUGAUGAUUAAAUGAAUACACCAGCAAUAUUUUCACUGUGAUGAGUGAUUUUUGUCAUAACAAGCCUCCCUAAUGUGGAAUUAAAUAUCACAUUGCAAUACCCCCAUAUACAUUUAAGCUCUGUGGUAAACUUAUGUCUGAUCUAAAAGUGACCAGGGCAGUUAAGAUUUUGUUUAGUGCAGUAAAAGUGUGUGUGUGAGAGAGAGACAGAAGUGGGCGUGAUUGAGAGAAAUCUCCUACCCUAAAAGGCAGGCUGGUAUCAUGACUCAGCAGCUAUUCUUCAAUAACUCUGACUGUGACCAUGGGUUUUUUCCUGUGGAUCUUGUACUUAACGUCGAAUGUGGUCACUAAUUGGUUAAAAGUGUUUGCACAAUUGUGCACGUGGAUAUAUUUGUGUGUUGUGAGCGUGUAUGUGUGUGUGUGUGUGUGUGUGUGUGUGUGUGUGUGUGUGUGUGAUCGGCUUUUUGUUUGUGUUUCUGGCUGCAGCUCUGGCCUUAUGCAAAUACUCCCUGGCAGAAUGGAAUGCCACCGACGAGUCUGCCAAUCGAACUGUGUCCCACUGUCAUCACCAUGGCAACAGAGACAAUUGCACAGCAGACACAACAGCCACAACAGACACGGGGCAGUGGGGUGGCCACUUCUCAAAAUGUCCCGAGGAACUGACAAGCUACUGCAUCCACGGGGAGUGUCGUUACAUUCAAGAACAGAAGGCGCCGUCUUGCAGGUGUCAGCGUGGUUACAUCGGUUCCAGGUGUGAAUAUCUGGACCUAGACUGGCGGAUAGGAGAGAAACGCCAAAUCAUAAUUGCCUGUGUCAUCGCGGGACUUGUUUUCCUCAUUCUUGUCAUUGUGUUCAUCUGCAUUUGUUCAGAUCGUAGAUGCAGAUUGUGUUGGCGGAGGGGACGACGGAGAGAAGAACCAAGGAACGGGACAGAGAAGCUCAGCAUGAUGGACACCAGCACGACACACACAACCUCAAUGGCAGACUCAACAGAGCCACCACACACCAAUGCUGUAUGAGAAGUGUGUGUGCGGUCACAAGUCUGGGAAUUGUUUAGACAUGAGAGAUUUUUGUCCUUCGUGUGACACCUGCUGCCUUUUGUCUCGUGUGUGACAGCAGUGUGCUACAGGUUGUCCCUCUGUGCCAGACAGGACAGAGGCCAGCUCGAACAAGGAGAGACAUUUCUGGAUAAAGGCUGUGUAAGAUCAAGCAGAAGCACCAAUGAUUGCACCCUCCUUUAAAGGGCAGCCUUGCCUGAAACUUUGAUGAAGCUUCAGGACAAAGAGGAUGAUAAACAUAAGUUGGAGACAAGUGUUCAGCUGGUUGUGUGUUGUCAAGGACUUUUAUUUCCACGCUGUGGAGCAACAGGCGCUUGUAGCCUCUCACAAAGCACUGCUGACUGCACAACGCCAAAUUGGCUGUUGCUAUGUUGACACCAGCUGGCAGCUUAUGUUAACACUUAAUGGGGUUAUUGGUCGUCGUGGGAGACAGACACUAAAGAAUGAGAGGAAAAGGACUGCGUGAAGAUACUGCACUCCAAAAAUAUAUGCAAUAUUCCAAGUACCAGCAGCUACACAAUAACUGUCUCAGUAUGCUGUGUCUUUGUGUCAUAUUGUUUCUGCUUUGUUUAUUGCUGGUAAACUAUUGAUCCACAUCACAAAAAAUCAGCAGUUGGCAUCAUUUAUUCCUCUAUCCAACGCCUCUAUGUAAACUCACACAGAAUAUUGUUACUCAUCAACAUUAGCAAUGCAAGGAGAGCCUUCUAUAUACUAAAAGGUUGCAGUUCUGGAGUCCCGGGUUGGAAGAGGACAAGGAGAACUUGUGCUGGAGGCUUUUUUGAACUGUAUAUUUGGAGCCCAGCAGCCUCCGAGCUACAGGAGGCAGAACAGCCGAGCCUGUGUGUGGAGGCUCAACUGAGGUGAAAGUGCUCCACUGUAUGAGACGGUUCCUAAACUGCCAGCCUUUCACUGGGCUUUUAAAUGUGUAUCUGUAUGUGUAAUAACUCUGCAUCUAAAUGUAGAAUGAAGAGAGUCAGGGCAGAGUCAGUGAAUUCUGCUCCUGAUGUCUAUGUGUCAUCUAUCAAUAAAUAUGUC